AUGGUCCCCGGGUCCUUCAACCGCCCAGUCCCCCACACGCCCUACAUCAGCCCUGCGGGCGGCUGGUGGCUGCGCUGCGAGCGCUGCGCGGCGCGAGGAGAUGCGACUGGGCUCCGCGCCGCCGGCAUCAUGCGCCCCCCGCCCGCGCUGGCCCUGGCCGCGCUCUGCCUGCUGGCGCUGCCCGCCGCCGCCGCCGCCGCCUACUUCGGUCCUGUCCGAGACCUCAUCCUGCCCACUAAGCCGGAUCUCGGAUCCCGGUUCAAGCUCCGGGACUCUGCAGGCGUCUCGGACCUGGUGCCUGCGCGCCCCAGCGCGCCCUGUCCCUGCCCGUCCAAGGAGUCCCUCCCGCGCUCGGACGUCCUCUCCGAUCCUCACUUACUGACCGGGCGGGAGGUCCUGACGCCCUUCCCCGGGCUGGGCACCGCUGCCCCAGCACAAGGUGGGGCCCACCUGAAGCAGUGCGACCUCCUAAAGUUGUCCCGCCGGCAGAAGCAGCUCUGUCGGCGGGAGCCAGGCUUGGCUGAGACCCUGCAGGACGCCGCGCACCUCAGCCUGCUCGAGUGCCAGUUUCAGUUCCGGCAUGAGCGCUGGAACUGCAGCCUGGAGGGGAGGACGGGGCUGCUCAAGAGAGGUUUCAAGGAGACGGCCUUCCUGUAUGCGGUGUCCGCGGCCGCCCUCACGCACACUCUAGCCCGGGCCUGCAGCGCUGGCCGCAUGGAGCGGUGCACCUGUGAUGACUCCCCGGGCCUCGAGAGCCGGCAAGCCUGGCAGUGGGGCGUGUGUGGUGACAACCUCAAGUAUAGCACCAAGUUCCUGAACAACUUCCUGGGGCCCAAGAGAGGAAGCAAAGAUCUGCGGGCACGGACAGACGCCCACAACACCCACGUGGGCAUCAAGGCCGUGAAGAGUGGCCUCCGGACCACGUGUAAGUGCCAUGGCGUGUCUGGCUCCUGCGCCGUGCGCACCUGCUGGAAGCAGCUGUCCCCGUUCCGCGAGACAGGCCAGGUGCUGAAGCUGCGCUACGACUCAGCCGUCAAGGUGUCCAGUGCCACCAAUGAGGCCUUGGGCCGCCUGGAGCUGUGGGCACCGGCCAGACCAGGCAGCCCCACCCAGGGCCCGGCGCCGCGGCCCGGGGACCUGGUCUACAUGGAGGACUCCCCCAGUUUCUGCCGGCCCAGCAAGUACUCGCCUGGCACAGGGGGCAGGGUGUGCUCCCGCGAGGCCAGCUGCAGCAGCCUGUGCUGCGGGCGGGGCUACGACACCCAGAGCCGCCUGGCGGCCUUCUCUUGCCACUGCCAGGUGCAGUGGUGCUGCUAUGUGGAGUGCCAGCAGUGUGUGCGGGAGGAGCUUGUUUACACCUGUAAGCACUAG